GAGAAUUCUCAAUGCUUCCGAUCUUUGAGUCUUUUUGUCCCUUAGAUGCUUUUUUUUUUUGAGUCUUUGAUGUCGAAUGUUCUUUCUCUCUGUCCCGAUUGAUCUUGAGGAUCUCAAUUAUUUGACUGCCCUUUUUGUUAUUAUCUUUGAAUUUAGGGAACGAUCCAGCAAAAAAAGAGAGGCGAGGAAGAAGAUUGGGAUUUUGAUGAUCAAUGGCCUCUGAUAGAGAAGACUUUACUCUCUGUGGACCCUCACACCUCACUAAUCUUGAUUGGGCAAACGAAAAUCACCAACGUUGUGUCGCAGCUUGUUUGGUUCAAGGGGUCUACAUUGUUGAGCGCGACCGUCAGCUUCAACGUGAAGGCUCUCAAGCUCUUGCAUCUCCAUGGUGGGACUCCUUCCACUUCAAACUCAUCCGUCGCCUCAUAGACGACGCUGACUUCUCCAUCUUCGGCGCCAUUUACGAACUCAAACCUCCACCACAAGAAGACACCACCACCGUUGACUCUAAAUCUCCCCGUUAUGUCAUAGCCUUUAGAGGGACGUUGACUAAACCUGACUCCAUUUCUCGCGACCUCGAGUUAGACAUCCACAUUAUCCGUAACGGCCUUCACCGUACAUCACGUUUCGACAUCGCUAUGCAAGCUGUGAGAAGCAUGGCUACUUCUGUAGGAGCUUCGAAUCUCUGGCUAACGGGACAUUCUAUGGGUGCAGCGAUGGCUCUUCUCGCUGGCAAAACGUUGGCGAAGACUGGAGUUUACGUCAAGUCCUUCUUGUUCAACCCUCCCUUUGUGUCUCCUCCUAUCGAGAGGAUUUCUAACGAACGUGUCAGGAGCGGGCUUAGAAUCGCGGGCAGCCUUGUUACAGCUGGACUGGCUUUCUCAAGAACCCUCAAGCAAGCGCAGCAGCCUCAGCAUCAGCAGCAGCAAUUGCAAGAGCGGAACUUGUCUGAAGAUCCGCUAAAGGCUUUGUCUUUGUGGCUACCUGACAUUCAUGUGAAUCCAGGGGACCAUUUAUGUUCCGAGUACAUUGGGUUUUUCGAGCACAGGGGAAACAUGGAGCAACUUGGGUAUGGGGCUGGAAUCGUUGAGCGGAUGGCGAUGCAGCAUUCAUUGGGAGGUUUGCUGAUGGAUGCGAUGGGAGUUAGUAACGCAGUGGACGUGCAAGAGCCUGUUCACGUGAUCCCGUCUGCUAAGCUGAUAGUAAACCGGACUGCUUCUGAAGACUACAAGGAAGCUCACGGGAUACACCAGUGGUGGAGAGACGACCAAGAUUUGGUUUCCAACAUUUAUUUGUUCAAAUAGCUCACCAAGGUGGAUUUGUUUUUUUUUUCUUUCUGGAUUGCAAUGCCUUUUAUUUUGUAUGUUUGUGUAAUGCUAUGUAUCACGGUAUCUCUUUAAAUUCUUCGUCUAUAUGUCCGAAAGGAAGUUUAUGAUAA